CAACCUAUCAAAACCCACAUUACAAUCUUCACUCUCUCUCUCUCUCUCUCUAAAACCUGUACAACCCAAAGGACACCCGUUGGAGGGCAUUGUGGGUUUUGUUCUUUUUGUGGUUUUGAAGUUGUGAUUUGGCUUAUAUUCUCUUGUGGGUCUUUUCUUCAUCCCUCAAACUGCAUUGUCAAGAGGGUGUUCUGUGACAAACUUUUGGUUAAACUUCAGGAGAGGAAGAGAGAUUUUCUUGUUAUUUGCUUAUUUAAAUGGGAUUUUUUUUUUUUUUUCCUUCUAAAGCAUUGGAAUUGGGAAGCUUGAGUUUUCAUUGAAUUGCAUUUUGGGAUUUCAAGACUUGUGAAGAGUGAGAAACCGUAAAGUAAUUGUAGAGUGAUGAAGAAGAAGAAGAAGAAAGAAAAAAAAUAAAGACUCAAAACAAGGAAGAAAAGGCUGAGGAUUGGUGCUUUGUAUGCAAGGAUGGUGGAUUGCUUCUUGUUUGCGGUUACAAGGAGUGUCUAAAAGCUUAUCAUGCAGUGUGUGUGGGGAAGGAUGAGUCAUUUUUAAGUCUGGAAACAGCUGGACUUGCAGCUCUGAGAUUCUUGAUGGCUGAAACAAUAGCUAUUGUAGGAGCAGUUUCCGGUGCAGUAAGGACAGCAGCAGGAGUGGCCCAAGCUGCUUCUCAAGCUAAGCUGAUAUUUUGGGAUCCACCCACGGACAAAGUGAAGGAGAUUCAUGAUACUUUAAAUGCAGCAAUACACGCACUCAGUUCUAUAAGGAAGGAUUACAUGAAUGAAGUCAAGAGAAACAAGAUGAAGCCGCCAUCUGAAACUUACAUGGAAUGGAUCAACAGGGCGGUGGAGAUUGAGAAACAAGUGAAAUUUUCAGCAGAUGAAUAUGGAAAACAUAGCAAAGAAGAGUCACCUUUUUGGUUUCCUUCAUCCUUAUAUUUCAAAGAAGAGAUGAUAAAGAUGUACAAGGAAGUUACCAAUCUUCUAAAUGAAGGCAACCAAAUCAGAAAUAAAAUUCUGGUUGAUCAACCACCAGAAAUUGUAGUGGAGAAGAAGGGACCAGAUAUCAACAAAUUUGAAACACUUCAAAAGCCACUAGAGCAGAUACUAGAUUUGCUGGAAAAAGAUUAUGUUAAGGGGAUCAGAAUCCAUGGAAUAGUGGGUAUUGGGAAAACAACCAUAAUGCUCAACUUGAAUAACCAUGAACGAGUUGCCAAAAAGUUUGACAUAGUCAUAUGGCUCACAGUAUCAAAAGAGAGGGGUAAGAAAAAUUUGAGCCGGGAGCAUCUUCAACAGGCUAUUGUGCAAAGAAGGGAAAUAAAGAUGGAAAGUGAUAGCAAUGCUGACAAAGUUGCUAGAAGAAUAUUCAAGGAGUUAAGGGCAUGAAAUACUAUCUACUUUUGGAUGAUGUCAAGGAAGAUCUCAAUUUGAAUGAAAUUGGGAUUCUUGAAAGCAACAAUAGCUGCAAGAUAGUAUUAACAACUAGGCUGCGUCAAUGGUGGAUAGGGUGAUUAAGGUGACAUAUUUAUCUCUAGAUGAGGCAUGGAAGAUGUUACAAGAUGUUUUAGGAAGCCCAAACUUAUUGCAAAUCAAAAAAUUUGGAAACUUGCCUGGCGAGUUUCCAAAGAGUGUAGUGGACUUCCACUCUUGAUAGAGAAAGUAGGAAAUACUUUCAAAUUGAAAAACACCGAGUACCUUUGGAGUGAUUAAUUGAAUAGUUGGAGGAUGUGGCCUGAAAAAUAAUGUCAAGGCAUCAGGGAAAUGUAUAAAUUGUUGAAAUUUUGUUAUGACGAGUUGGAUGAUGACACGUAUAAGAAUGCUUUCUUUAUGGUGCAUUAUAUCAUGAAGAUAGUGACAUCAACACAAAUUAUUUGUUGGACUGUUGGGCAGCUGAAGAUCUCCUUGGCAAUGAUGAUUGCGCAACAAAGGAGUCUAUCAUGAUUGGACAUUUAAUAUUGAGUAGCCUUAAGAAUGUGUCAUUACUUGAGGAAGGUAAGAAUGAUAACCGUGUUACAAUGGACAAAUUCAUCCAACAAGUAGCCUUAUAUAUAUCAGAAGGUGAACUUGAUUGUAAAUAUCUGGUGAAAUCGAGCACAACAUUACAAUAGCCCCCAGAUGAAAAAUCUUGGAGUGAGAAGAAAAGGAUCUCAUUGGUUGACAAUAAGUUGGAUUGGUUACCAGAUUCCCCCAAUUGUAGUUUUCUUUCCACUCUCUUCCUACAAAAGAAUUCGGCUCUCAACAUGAUCCCUGCAUUAUUCUUUGAGCAUAUGAAAAAUCUUCAAGUUUUGGAUUUAUCUGAUACAAGAAUCAAAUUGUUACUAUCAUCUCUUUUAAUCUUGAUCCGACUCAAAAUCCUUUAUCUAAAUAAUUGCAAACAUUUGGUGGAGCUCCCUUCUGACAUUAUAUAGAGCUUGUACAUCUUGAAGCACUUGAUAUUUAGGGGAGUCUAAGAAGCACGGACACAGACACGCGACAUGACACGGAUACGACACGGACAUGCCGACAGGCUAAUUUUGUAUACACCCCAUUUUUGACGGCCCUUACGACUUGGACACCAUAGCAUGCACACCUGAUGAUGAGUCUGUUUGCUCGCCAAGUGCUCGAAGUCUUCAGCAGAAUGCCACAACUUUGAGCCUUGCAAACCCUGAUAGCUUUUCAAACCCAGUUUUGGACCAAGCCUAUCUUUUUCAGUCUGCAACCUCUGGUGACCUACCGGCCACUACUAGAGACUUGCCGGCCAUCACUUUUUGCUUGCUGACCUGGUGCCGGCCACUGAUAUGGCUUGCUGGCCACUAGUGAUGGACGGCCAGCCACUAGUGUAUUUUGUAAAUAUUUUAUGCCAGUUGUGCCAACUGUUUGCGCAGAUGCAUGCAUUUUCACCCGCAUGUAGGGCUGGAUCUCUAUGAGGGAAUUUCAUGUUUUCUAUAUAUAGGGACCCCCUCUCUCUUGUAGCAAGGUUAAAAAUUUUUGAACUCAAAAAUUUCCUCUCUUUACA